GAGCAGCUUUGGCACGGGAGCUGGUUUCCUGUAGUUUAUAGGGGAGAAAAAGGGGGAAUAUCGUCUUCUACGAAUCCUUAAACAUACUUCUUAUCAUGCCGGAUCAUCUUUGCUGGCUCGAGGAAAUGUAGUGGAGAGGAGAAAAGAGGGGAACUCCGCCGGUGGAGAGAUCUGGGGAUGCGUGGACACGGUUAUGGGUGAUUAAUGCCAUUUUGCAGCUGCACAACAAAGACUGGAUAUGCGCACAAAAAGUGGAGAUAAGUGAGUUGGACACAGGAUGGACACUGCGGAGGUGAUUCUCUCCGUGUUGGUGGUUGUGAUUAUCAUAGUGUCGUUGCUGUCCAACAUCCUGGUGCUGAUCUGCUUUCUGUACAACCCGGAGAUCCGCAAGCAGGUGCCCGGUCUGUUCAACCUCAACCUCACCUUCUGCAACUUGUUGCUGACCGUGGCCAACAUGCCGCUCACUUUGGUGGGACUUGUCAGCAAGGCUCAGCCGGGAGGGGACGGCUUCUGCCAGAUCGUGGGCUUCCUGGAAACCUUCCUGUCCACCAACUCGAUGCUGAGCAUGGCAGCGCUGAGCAUCGACAGGUGGAUCGCGGUGGUGUUCCCACUGAGGUACCACUCCAAAAUGCGCCACAAGGACGCGGCGUUUGUGCUCGGGUACACGUGGGCGCACUCCAUGUCCUUCUCCACGGUGGCCACCUGCCUCUCCUGGGUGGGAUACCACCGGCUUUACGCGUCCUGCACCCUGUCCAACCCGAGGGCGAGCAGUCGGACCCAGUUUGUUAUCUUCACCGUCUUUUUCCACUCCUUCACCUUUCUCCUGUCUUUUAUAGUGCUGUGUGUCACAUACCUCAAAGUGCUUAAAGUGGCGAGGUUUCACUGUAAGAGGAUCGACGUUAUCACAAUGCAAACUUUAGUGCUGCUGGUGGAUAUACACCCCAGUGUUCGCCAGCGUUGCCUGGAGGAGCAGAAGAGGAGACGGCAGAGAGCCACGAGGAAGAUCAGCACCUUCAUCGGCACCUUCAUGCUCUGCUUCGCUCCCUAUGUGAUCACAAGGAUCGUGGAGUUAUUUCCAGCGGUGCCUAUCAACCCCCACUGGGGAAUCGUCUCCAAGUGCUUAGCUUACAGCAAGGCAGCCUGCGACCCCUUCGUGUACUCCCUGCUCCGACACCAGUACAAGAAGACGUGCGCUGACAUCAUCAACAGGCUGCUGAAGCGUAGCUCCUUGAACGCAUCCGGGCGCGGGCACGAGAACCAAGUCCACAGCAUACCCGCCGCAGAGUGACAGGGAGUGGGCUGAUACGGUCUGAGGGUCGACCCGGCAACUGUCAGGAAAAUAUGUGGCUGAUUUAUCGUCCACGAAGAAGAGAACAAAUAUUGGUUGUUCCUGUCCACGUCUGCUUAAAUUUGGUCUGACAUGCCAAAAAGAAAAAAAAAGUGACUACAGACAAGGGCAAAUCCCUGCGCAGGAAUACCACUGUGCUUGCAUACUGAGUCCCCAGAACAGCAGAUGAGUGCAGUGAACUUGUGAGGACAAUAAGCAACGGCAGAUUUCACAUCCACCUGGAGACACAGAUGUGCUCAC